CUUUCCUAGGGGUGGGAGUUUGCAGCAAACUUUGUUUAUGGGACAGUCCGGGAGCCGCGGCGGCUGCGCUAGUCUACGUCUUCUCAGUCGCUUCCUCGCGUAGUGCGAGCGCCCGAGGCCGGCUCCGGGGAUGUAAGAGGAAAAGCCUUCGGCUGCUGGGAAUCCGCUCGGGAUCUGCCAGCCGGGGCCGGGUUCCUGCUCGUCAGUUCAGGAGGCGCCCAGGCUUGGCUUCCCCGCGUGCCCAGAAAGAUGAAUCCGUCCUCGGUGCCCCAUCCGCUCCCGCCGCCAGGGCAGCAAGUCAUCCACGUCACGCAGGACCUCGACACGGACCUCGAAGCCCUCUUCAACUCUGUCAUGAAUCCCAAGCCCAGCUCGUGGCGGAAAAAGAUCCUCCCGGAGUCCUUCUUUAAGGAGCCCGAUUCCGGCUCGCACUCGCGCCAGUCCAGCACCGACUCAUCGGGCGGCCACCCCGGGCCUCGACUAGCUGGCGGCGCGCAGCACGUCCGCUCGCACUCGUCGCCCGCAUCCCUGCAGCUAGGCACCGGUGCGGGCGCCGCCGGAGGCCCUGCACAGCAGCACGCACAUCUCCGCCAGCAGUCCUAUGACGUGACCGACGAGCUGCCGUUGCCCCCCGGGUGGGAGAUGACCUUCACGGCCACUGGCCAGAGAUACUUCCUUAAUCACAUAGAAAAAAUCACCACAUGGCAAGACCCUAGGAAGGUGAUGAAUCAGCCUCUGAAUCAUGUGAACCUCCACCCGACCAUCACUUCCACAUCGGUGCCACAGAGGUCCAUGGCAGUGUCCCAGCCCAAUCUUGCGAUGAAUCACCAACACCAGCAAGUCGUGGCCACUAGCCUGAGUCCACAGAACCACCCGGCUCAGAACCCACCCUCGGGGCUCAUGACUGUGCCCAAUGCACUUACCACGCAGCAGCAGCAGCAGCAGAAACUGCGGCUUCAGAGGAUCCAGAUGGAGAGAGAGAGGAUCAGGAUGCGUCAAGAGGAGCUCAUGAGGCAGGAAGCUGCUCUCUGCCGACAGCUCCCCAUGGAAACUGAGACCAUGGCCCCUGUCAACACGCCUGCCAUGAGCACAGAUAUGAGAUCUGUCACCAACAGUAGCUCAGAUCCUUUCCUCAAUGGAGGGCCCUAUCAUUCACGGGAGCAGAGCACAGACAGCGGCCUGGGGCUAGGGUGUUACAGUGUCCCUACCACUCCAGAAGACUUCCUCAGCAACAUGGAUGAGAUGGACACAGGUGAAAAUUCGGGUCAGACAGCCAUGACCGUCAAUGCCCAGCAGACCCGCUUCCCUGAUUUCCUGGACUGCCUCCCAGGAACAAAUGUUGACCUCGGGACUUUGGAGUCUGAAGAUCUGAUCCCCCUCUUCAAUGAUGUAGAGUCUGCUCUGAACAAAAGCGAGCCCUUCCUCACCUGGCUGUAGUGUGAUGCCGCCGUGAGCUGACGUGUCCUGGGCCUUGUGGACCAAGUGCUGGAGCGGAGCGGGCCUGCAGUGCACCGCGUUCUGCCUUCGUACUCACACUCCUUGUCCAUAUGGCCGCUUAAUCAUUGCCUGGUUUUGAUUUGCAGGAACUUAUGUUACACACAAAUAAAUAUUCUCUUUUCAUUUUCUGCAAGCCUGCAUUUCUGUGGCAGAUAAAGCAGGAUUGAUUGUGCAGAAUAACUUUUUUUUUUUUUUUUUUUAAGAAAAUGCCUGCUGCCCUAUGGCCAAGCUUUAUUGCAAUUAGCUGAAAUUCAUGUAUCAAUUGAUUCUAAGCCAUAAAAAGCUGACCUCAGGCAGUGAAUUCUGAUAGGCAGCUUGGUCCAGGAAGCGUGCACAAAGACCUGAUUCACAGUUUCAAAAACUGUACUGAUAACAGUAGUAACAAAUGCUUUGAAAUGUAUUUAACUUGACCUUUAAAAAAAAGUCACUGUAUGGAUAGUGAUUUUCUCCUGUAGGAAAUACAGUGUAGUUUGGGAUCCACGCUGGCUCUGAUGGCUUCUCUCAUUCUGUGUUUACAAGGACACAGAGUAUUAAUGUUGUCACCCUUCAUCAUUUUCCUGCAUAGCAGCUCAGCUCUGUGAACAGGAGAGUAACCGCAACGUCUGUCACAAUUCUUGCAGGACAGAUCGUGUGAAAGAGACCAGUUUGGUAUUAGUGUGAAUGAUUACAGAGCAAAACUAUUUUUUAUCGCAACUUGGAUUGUUUUCAAAAUGCAGCCUAGAAUUUGAUGUUUGUUUUUAUAUUAAAAAAAAAAACCCUGUAAUUUUGUAACUAUUACAAAGGGUAGCCAGAUGUUUUUGAUAAAUCAGUGGCAACUAUAUUUUUUGUCUUUUGAACCUGUUCUGAAAACGUCAGGCCAACAUAGAUCGCAGCCUGAUGUCACAUGCGUUUUGUAUGCUGCAUUUUGUAUUCUGAGGCAUUAUUAGUUCUGCUUUCAAGAUUUCAAGUGUUUAAAAUAAUCCUGUCUAUGAAACUGAAGAAUGAAGCAGAUCUCUGAUUAGCAUAUACAGAAAGGCCCUUGUCCGGGUAUGUGGUGUAGAUGUGUACUUCUGAAUUCAGUAAAAUUGAUUCCUACGUGUGCUAGCCUAAUCCCUUUGCUAAGUCGGUAAGAGAAGUCUAAGGUAUGUACCCAAUACCUCGUAUGUAACCAACAUUGUUUUGUUAGCUUAUAGGACUGAGAGUUUCAUGGUCAUCUGGCCGGCAGUCUGCCUGCGCUUGCAAUGAAGUCCUUAGCUGUUUAGUGUUUCGAACUGACGUUAUUUAUAAUCUAUGAAUUUAAUCUCUUUUUUUUAUUUUUUGCAAAGACAUCAAGAAUCUGGAAGGCAGCUUUCGGUUGCCACGAGGGUGGGGGCUUUGUUGGGGAUCUUCAGUGAGAUCCCUUUUGAUCCAUGGGAAUAGGAAUGCACAGAGUACAUUUUGAUCUUGGUGGGAAGAGGCAAGUAGAAAGGUCAGAGACAAAGUCGCAUAGCCAGGGAACAUGGCGGAAAGGCCAGUUGAUGUGAAAUGAGGCAGAUGUGUCAGAACCCCCCAAAAACAAGGCAAGCAAGACGUGCGAGAAAGUGCCCCAAAGAGCAAAGCAACAAUUUUCUCUCAUCGCCUUUAUGCCAAAAGACACUGCAGUUAGGGAGAAGAGGGUUAGGGCGCACUUUACCGGGGAGGGGCAGAGGAGGGAGGGGCUGUGACACUGUCCAUGUAUUGCCAAACGUCUUGACAGACAAAAUCAUGGACUCUUGUGACUUCCAGCACUCUUAAAGUGAUUUCUCUUUUCCUGAAGGAACCCCAAUUUAUGUCCAGGUAAUUCCUUGUUUUCUCUGAGCACUCCGAGAGAGGCGCAAAGAUAUUUAUGUUGCUACUAGGUUGAAAGGGAGCACUCUUUCGUUUCCUCUUUCGUUAGCAAAAGUUGCAAAAAAGAGUUAUACAUUCUUUCUGAGGAAAACCAAAAACAAGCCAAAACACAAGGGACCUAACAAAGCUUGACAGUGUUACUGUAUUUAAAAAUAUUUUUAUAGAUGCAUUUCAGGUUAUUAAGUGUAAAAAAAAAAGAUACUUUUUUUAAAAAAAAAAAUUAGUUAAAUCAUCUAUGAUUUAUGUUACCAAGUUUUAGAAGCAAUUUUCUAGUAAGCUUGUGGCAUUAUGAAAUACUACAAUAAUUUUCUUAGUAAAUUAGUUUAAACCUUUUUAAUUAAUAUAGUAUUUUUCUAGAAUAAAAUAUGGCCCUUGACUGUUUACUAAUAGAUAAAGCCAGAUAUGAUUGUUGUUUUUUAAGAACAUAAAAUGUGGUUUGUUACAGAACACUAAAGCUAGAAAUCAGACCUUUUUUCCUAGUUCUGAGUGAACCCAAGACUUCAUGUGUGUCAGGCAAGUGCUUCCCAGUGGAGAGUCACCCCAGACCUCAGAGCAGUCUCUUAGUGGUUCUUUGGUAUUAUUAUAAGUAUUAAUAUUUUCUAAGAAUUCAUAAUAAGGUGCUAUUCAUAUACUAUAUCGUACUAUAAGCCAACUAUCAGACAAUCUAGUCUUCUUAGUCCUAAGUCAAUACAUUUUGCCAUGUCAUCUCCAAAUUUUGUCAUAGAAUAGACAAUUUUUUAAAAGUUUGAUUCAAAACACAUUUCUCUUGGUAAGAUACACUUUACUGAAGCAUUUGAAUAGCUAAACAUCCUGUCAUGUGUUAGCAGUAGGUGAUAUUUAGGCCGAGUUUCACUGUAGUAUCCAGGAUGUAAAAUGUAUUCCUGUCAUUGAUUUCUCGGUGUGUGAGAAACACAUAAAACAGAAUAAGCCUUAGCCUCCUGGGCACUGUUCAGCAGAAAGGAAUCUGCAGAAGGUGACGUGAAUUGAUAGGCAUGUCACGGAGUACUGUGUUCUUAUGAUGUGAUCAGAAGCAACUUCUGAAAGUCCAACUUUCGUGGAACAAAACAAGCCAUUCAGAAAGGAAAACGGUUAAUUCAAAAUGGUGAUUGACGGAGACCCCUUCUGACACUGUAUAUGUGCUAAUACUUUAACUUAAUUUUUUCUUUUUCUUUUUUUUAUUUCUACGUUUUACCAAGUGGGACCUGUGUUGUUGAUUUAUAAUCCAGUAUGUUCUACAUACAGGAAAUGUGCGGCCAAAUCCAUCAGAUCAAACCAUUUUAUCUGGAGUUUGGUACAGGUUUUACUUCGCAAUUCUAUAUAAAAAAUAAAUACGAUUGAACUUCAA